AUGGAGCCCAAACAUUCUUUCGUAAUUUGGGAUUAUGUUAUCUUUGCUGUGACAAUCGUCAUCUCCAUUGGUAUUGGUCUGUACUAUGCCUUUGCCGGAGGUCGGCAAAAAACAACCUCGGAAUUUCUUGUUGGAAACCGUAGAAUGAAAGUUAUUCCUGUAGCGAUUUCGUUAAUGGUUUCUUUCGAGUCUUCGAUCAUGAUGCUUGGCGUUCCGGCAGAAGUUUACGAAUACGGCUUACAAUAUGUGCUGCAGUUAAUGGGUUUCCUCCUGGCCAGUAUACUAGCAAUCAACAUCUUAGUUCCACUUCUUCAUCCGCUUAAAAUCACCAGCGCAUACGAGUACCUUGAAUUGCGUUUUAAGUCUCGAGCAGUUCGUCUAACAGGAACAAUACUUGGGAUAUUGUCAUAUACGUGUUAUAUUGGAAUCGUGCUAUUUGGACCUGGAGUAGCCUUGGAGGCAGUGACCGGAUUCCCACAAUGGGUAUCGAUAACAGUUGUAGCCGUUGCAUCCGUCGUGUACACUUCUAUUGGAGGACUAAAGGCUGUGAUAUGGACGGAUGUAUUUCAAGCAUUUGUGAUGUACACGGGCAUGGCAGCCAUUCUUAUCAAGGGCACCAUGGAUGCAGGUGGCAUCAAGGAGACAUGGCGGAUAGCAAAUGAGAAUGGGAGAAUUAAUCUUUUUAAUUUUGAUCCCGAUCCGAGGGUACGUCACACGUUUUGGAAUUUGUUUGUUGGAUCUCUGAUUCGUGGCUUCGGCCUAUUGUUUAACCAGUCGACUAUCCAGCGAGUUAGUGCCACGCCAACGGUCAGAGACGCCAAAAAGAUGUUGUUGAUUACCACGCCUUCCUUCUCAAUUACGCUGACCUGUGCGGCGAUAGAGGGUAUCGUGGUAUAUGCAUAUUACCAUUCCAAAGGCUGCGAUCCAUUGAGGUCAAAACAGCUCACCAACCCUAACCAGUUGAUUCCUUUCAUGGUUAUGGACAUCUUUGAGAACAUCCCUGGCAUGCCUGGUCUCUUUAUGGCUUCACUAUUCAGCGCUUCUCUUAGUACCCUAUCGUCAGGCCUGAGUAGUAUGUCCGCUCUCCUGUAUACAGACAUCAUACAACCUCACACAAAGCCGAUGUCACAGCUUAAAGCCACCAUCAUUGCCAAAUUAGCAGUGGUGUUCUUCGGCUGCCUAGCAGUAUGUGUGGCCUUCAUGAUAUCGUAUGUGGGAGGCAACUUAGUACAGAUCGCGGGAACUCUUUUAGCUGCUUUUGGUGGUCCUCUGUCUGGCCUCUUCUUACUUGGCUGCUUUGUGCCCUUCGCCAAUGCAAAGGGUGCCAUUAUGUCAACGAUACUGUCGAUUGGCCUGACAGCAUGGAUAGCAGCCGGCCAGUUCAUCACUAAAGUUGGGAAGCGGUGGGUAAAACUCCCGUCAGCCCCUAUUGAUCAAUGCUUCGUUAAUGUGAAUGGCACCACAAACAUGUUCACUACGCCAUCUACAAGUCUGAACUGGACGGAUUACAGCACCAGCUGGUCCUACGAUGUAGCUACUUCCGGUGUAAUGGCCGAAAUGCCACCAGCAGAAGGAAUUGCGAAGUUAUAUACUAUAUCCUACAUGUGGCUGAGCGUUAUUGGUAUCCUGACUGUCAUCUUAUUUGGAGCUAUCUUUAGUCUAAUGACAGGACCUAUUAAACCGGAGGAUGCUAACCCGAUGUACCUUGUAUCAUUUGUGGAUAAAGUCAUGUGUUAUCUCCCUUUGUCACUAAGGAAGAAACUCAGAUACGGCAUCGACUAUGACCAAGCUGAAAAGUUUCAUCAAGAAGCUGACAAACUGGAUGAGUUCGUGUUGAAAACAGAAAAAGAGGGCAUGGAGAUUACGUAUGACCCACAAGUGCUUGUCCCCUUAAACGGCAACGAAAAUGGCCAGGACGAAGAUAUCAAAUGUACCAUCAACGAUGAAGAACACAUGCUGCAACAUUCUCCUAACCAUAAAGUAGACUCCCAUGUAGAAACAGUCAAUGAGGUUGUUGUAACGAAACCGGAAGUAGAGGUGAAUGGGAUGAAACAGGAAAAUACCUGA